UAUAUAUACGUACAUAUAAGAACCACACAGCUUUGUUGCUUCUAAUCUCCCUCCCCACUUCUCCCACACAAUUGAGCUCAAUAAUUAGCGAUGGCCGUAAGAAUUUCCUCUAUGCAGUUAAUCUCGAUACAUCAUAAGCCUAAUCGAACACCAUCAACUUCUAAAAGGGUAUUCAUUUCUGCAAAGUCAGACUCAGAAAAGCCAUCUUCACCUCCACUUCAGAUCAGAUCCAAUAUCAAGCUCCAAAAGGUGUUUGAAGAUAAAUCUAGUGGUAUAGUAUGUUAUAGAGAUGAUAAAGGAGAAGUAAUUUGUGAAGGAUACGAUGAAGGACCUAGGCUUCCCCAACCCUUGUUUUCAAGAUUUUCUUCUCAUCGAAGAGAUGGAGAAGCCAUGAUACGUCUCCUUAAAAGAAGUCUUCUUUUAGUCAUAGAAGGUGCUGGUAAAGUCAACUAAUCAUGGAGUACUGCUGACCAUUUCUAAGAUGUAUAAUCGUUGUUCUUUUCUUAUGGUGUUCUUAGUCCAUAGAAUUCGAAUUAAUCAAACAAAAGAUGUAACUAUCAGGCCAUUGAUGAAUCGACUUUGGCUAUAUAUGUACGUAGUUUUUUUAUAAAAGUUGGAAUUACUUGUAUGGAAUUCAUAAGUUUCUGUUUCUUUUUCUUUAUUUU